GUUGUCAAAGCCAAUUGUCAAAAUUUCAUAUCAAGUUUGCUUCCGCAUUAAAUGAUUCAAUGGUGUCUUAAAUUUAUCCUAGACUCUCUGUAAAGUGGAAUAAAUAUCACAAUUAUCAAAAAUUACAACAAAAUAAAGUAAUCUUCGUGACUCCAAAAUGAACGUGCUACCAGCUCAGCCAAUCGGCAUACAAAGUACAGCAGGAGCUGUACCAAUUCGUAAUGAAAAAGGUGAAUUGUCUAUGCAAAAAGUGAAGGUACAGAGGUACAUAUCGGGAAAAAAACCUGAUUAUGCUCAAGGUGUUAGUUCUUCCGAGGAAUCAGAUGUAGAAGAUUUUAUAGAGCAACAGAAACCAGAACGUAGAGUGCAGAUAGCAUCACAAAUUGGUACUAAACUUGAGGAACACAGUGAUUCAGAGAAGGAAGUUGAUGAUCCUCGUCUGCGAAGACUUCGAAGGGUGGCGAGGUCUCCCCCGCGUCGUGAAGAGCACAAGCCAGAAAUUAUUGAUGCUGAACCAGAGCCUGAGUCAGAAUCGAGCGCAGAAGAGGAACGUAACACUUCAGAAAGUGACGAUGAUUUAGAUGAGGAGGAAAUAGAGAAACGACGACAAGCUUUAAAAGCUAAAUUAGCUGCAAGGGAAGCGGAAAAGGAGGUUCUUGGUAGAGAUGAUGAUGAGGAAAUGCUAGGUGGUGAGAAGGAAGAAAGCGGUUCAUCUGACACAGAGUACACUGACAGUGAAGAAGACACAGGUCCCAGGGUAAAACCAGUUUUCGUAAGAGCAUCGGAGAGGAUGACUGUGACAGAAAAGGAACGGAAAUUGAAACAGCAGAAGAAAGAAGAAUCGGAUGCAAGAAAGGAAAAAGAGGAAAGGCGAAGAGAGGCUUUGAAGUUGGUGGAGGAAACAAUACGAUCGGAACAGAGGAAUGCACAGGGUGAUCUAAAAGAGGCGAAUAUAAAUGACGUAUGUACGGAUGAUGAGAACGACGAACUGGAGUACGAGGCAUGGAAACUUCGCGAAAUGAAGAGGAUCAAGCGGGAUAAGGAAGAAAGAGAGGCUGUAGAGAAGGAGCUGGUGACGAUAGAGCGCAUGCGCAACAUGACGGAGGAGGAGCGCCGCGUGGAGCAGCGACUCAACCCCAAAGUCGUCACCAACAAGUCUAUCAAGGGAAAGUACAAAUUCUUACAGAAGUAUUAUCACAGAGGUGCGUUCUACUUGGACAAAGAGGACGAGGUUUACAAACAAGACUUCUCCGGACCCACGUUGGAUGAUCACUUUGACAAGACUGUUUUACCAAAGGUAAUGCAAGUGAAGAAAUUCGGUAGAUCAGGACGUACAAAGUACACGCACUUAGUGGACCAGGAUACGACGGAGUUUGACUCCGCGUGGAGCAAUGAGGGCGCGGCGGCCAGGCUCGCCACCUUCCGCGGCGCUAAGCAACUCUUCCACAGGCCCUCGGCUAGGAGGACUCACACCUAGCAGACACUCGACAAUACACUAAAACAACCAAAAGGAUGUAAUUAA